CUGUUAAUCGGCCAUUAAUCGUGUAGACGACGUUAAGUGACGAUUACAAAGUAAUAAUUACAGCUGCUCUGACGCUGGAAGCACAAACUUCCAAGAAUCCAGAGAUUCGGGUUCUUCGAAUAGUUCUGGACAAAUGUGCAACAGAAAGUAUUUUAGUGACUAAAGUGUUUUCCGGCUUUGAACGUCUGUCGUCAGAUGAACGCAGCAGCGAGGCAGCGGCUUCUACCGGACGUCAGAACCCGGAGCAAAGGCGCCCGGUACCGGUUGAAGGACUCGCUCCAAACUGAUCUGGCGUCAGAUAAACCAGCUCAGAUCCUCUCCAAAGAAGAUGUAGCACAGUCCAGGAACAGUCUGAUGCACAGCAUCUGUGUGGAGAUGCUGCGAGGAGGCUUCCACAGGUCGUUCUCUGAGCUCUUCUCUCUGCUCAGCUCUGAGGAGGCUCAAAGGGCAGCGGCUGAACCCGGGUCGGCUCUCAGCCUCCAGGCUCCACUGGCAGAGCAGCAGGACAAACUGGAAACCAUCAGGCUGCACCUGUGCAGGGCUGAGCAGGCAGAGAGGACAGGCUCCUGGUCGGUGGCGUGUGACCAGCGUCUGCUCUUAGGUCUUCACUUCUCGGCUCCAGAGGAUCUGUGGCUGCGUUUGCAUUUCUACCACAGCUGUGCAGACAGAGAGCAAGGAGGCCGCUCGAGGCCGGCCACCGAGGCCCGGGCCUGCAUGGCUGAGCUGUACCUGCAGCGAGGAGACCUGGAGCAGGCGAAGCUUCAGGCGGAGGCGUGUCUCAAACAGGCGGAGGACGGAGGCUGGAUGGAUUCUGCCGGGCAGCCACUAAGGCUGCGAGCUCGCCAGGCGCUGUGCAGGAUCUACAGCCGCCUCGCCGACGCUCCGCCGGCUGCCUCCGACCACCACCAGGCCCUGACUCUGCUCCACAGGGGCCACAGCAUGGCUGCUGAGUGUAGGUGGAGCUGGAACAGCAGAGUGAAUGGUGCCGCCUGCUGCAGUGGGACGACCUGUGUCUGUGUUACAGCUGAGGACAAACGCCUGCAAGGGGAGGCUGCCUGUCGACUGGGCCUGGCCUAUCAGCGCGCAGGAGACCACGGCACCGCCAGAAAGCUCUUCAGCACGUACAUGCAGAUAUGUGGCACAGUGCAGGAUACAGACGGACUGGGAGAGGCCUACGAGGCCAUGGCCAGGUCCCAUGACAGCAAGGGCAACGUGGACGAGGCAGUCCGCUGUCUGGAGGAGCUGGCCGACAUCUCCCGUAGCAACGGGAUGCAGCACAAGCUCGCUGAUGCCUGUGUGUCUCUGGGGAGAAUUUACUAUUCCUUGCGUCAGUACACCAGGGCUUGGGAGAGUUUCCUGCAGGGCUUUGCAGUUGCGUGUGACGUGGGAGACAUGGCUCUGCUGCAGAAAGCACAGGUGUGGGCCGCCACUGCUCGUGCUCACGGCACGAUGAGAGACCACAUCACUGACGUAGAGGCAGCGACCCCUGUGGCCCUGCAGCGACUAGUGGCCUGGAAGGCCACCAGAGGGCGCCAGCCGCUUAGUGCAGACUCUGCAGCUCACACUGCCACAGUCCAUUGGCAGCAACACAUUGGACAAUAACACUGAUAAAAAAAGAGUCUUUUUUUGUCCUCAAUAUAGAUCUGAUGCUGUAAUAAAAACACGGGGUCUAAUAAAAUGUUCUUAUUA